AAUAGCACAAAAACACAACAGUAUCAUUUGGGACUUUCGGAUUAGCAACAAAGCCUUCGUCAUCAUCUUCCAUUCAACAUCUUCAUAUUGACCAUACAAUAGUGUGUGUUCAUCAUAUUUCUAAUAGCAUUAGUUUACUUUCGUAUAAAAACAAAGAAGAAGGGAUGAAAAUCUUUAAAAAGAAUAACAAGAAAUCGACAUCUCCACCAACCAAUUCCAACUCACCAUCAUCACCAGUUGCUGCUAACUCACCAGGUUCACAAAAAUUCCCAACCAAUGAAAAGUUUGCAAAUUCCAAAGUUUUUGCAAAGAAACUUCCACUCGAUCCAAAUGAUUUACCUCCUUUCGUAUUAAAAGCCAUGUCCUAUCUAGACGAAAAUGGACUAAAGAUUGAAGGUAUCUUUAGAAUUUCACCUAAAAAAUCAGAUGAAGAUGAAGUCAUUCAACAAUUAGAGCAAAAUAUUAAAUUUGAUGUUCCGUAUGAGAAAUAUGAAAUUCACUUGGCGAGUAGUUUACUGAAAUUGUAUUUGAGAGAAUUGAUGGAUCCUUUAUUGACAUAUGAACAGUAUGGAAUGUUUUUGGCAGCUGAGAGAAUUCCUGAUGAAGAACAAAGAUUGGUCAUGAUUCAAAAAGUAAUCAAGUUUCUUCCACCCACAAACUUUACAAUUUUAAAGAAUUUAUGUUUAUUCUUGAAGAAAGUUGCUGCAAAUUCAAGUAUUAACAAAAUGUCGCCAAGUAAUUUGGCCAUUGUUUUUGCUCCUAACUUGUUAAAAUCAGAUCUUCCUCAAAGUCACAUGGAAAUUCUCCAGGAUUCCAAAUAUUCUAGUAAUUUAAUGACAACCCUGAUUGCUGAAGCACAUUCUAUAUUCGGAGAUGAUGAAUCAUCAAAUAAUAGCAGCAGUACAUCAUCAUCAUCAUCAGUAUCAGCAUCCUCAAUAUCCUCAUCAAACACUUCCAAUAAUUCGUCUUCUUCUUCAACAACUGCCUCAACAACUGCAACUGUUUCCAACACACAAACAACUACAACAACAACUACUAGUACAACACAACAACAACAACAGGAAGAACAAUUGGAAGAGGGUUGGGUAGCUUACUACGAUUACGGAAGCAAUCAGUACUAUUAUCAUCAUGCACAAUCUGGCACGACAACUUGGGAUAAACCAGUGAAGAAACAGGCACCACCUCCACAAAUUAGUACAACACCACACAAUGGCAUAAAGACACAUAGUGGGUAUUUGAAAGCAUUGCCAACUCCUACUUCUCCACAAACCUCGUUUAAUCAACCACCUGUUUUGUUGAAUCCUUUGGAGAUGAAUAAUUCGAAACAAACUUAUCUAACAGAACCUCCAGUGAUGGAAGUUAUGGAUAUUUCACCAAAACAAAGACAAGCAGUUGUUGAUCAACGUCAAGAAUCUCCACAACAAUACGAUACUACGGAAGAUGUAAAAUCGAAUAGUGAUGAGGAAAUGAGUCAACAACCAACAGCAAAUACAGUAGAAGGAGUGAAUCAACAACAAACAGCAGAAGUUGACAAUGAAGGACAAACAGUGAGGAAAAUCAAAAUACCAGUUAGAAAGAGAGCUGUUGUUCGUGAUUCUAGGAGACCACUCCCAAAUCCAAAUGCUCCUCGUUUCCAGAGCACUAUUGGUAAUCGUAUGCCAAGAAAAUCAACAAGUGGAUAUGAAAGCGAUGAUGCAUGUGUAGUGGAUGAGGAAGAGGAAUAAUUGUAAAUAAAUGUACUUUAAUUG